AUGUCCACGUUCCCCAAAAAACGUCCGCUAUUGAGCGGUGUCCGCUAUUGGGAGGUGUCCGUUAGUGGAGGUUUCGCUGUAUUUGUACAAUAUAUUUUGUGAUUUCACUAUGACAAAGAGUAUACGACCAUAACCAGAAGGUAUACGGCAUAUACCAUUGUAUAUCCUCCAAUACAGCCCUGGGUAUUAUAUUAUAUAAACGAAAAUCGAUAAACUUUUUCAAGCUGUAAAUGGAGAACACAACUAUGUGAGUAAUAAUGAGCAAAAAAUUAAAAGACAAAUUAUCAGGAGAAAAUUGUAAACGAAAAACUGAAGAAAACGCAUCUUCAAGACUUUUAUAAAUUAUUUAAACCGAGUUACUUAAUAGUGACGUACCAAAUAUUAAUUUAUAAUAAUUUAUUUUUUUAUCGGUAACAAAUAGAUGUGGCAACGUUGCAUGAAAGUUAGCAGGUAUCAGUGGUGGACGUCAACCCGGGCCGGCGGGAUACCGGGAGCGAAAGAGGGGGGGUGGCUUUGGUCGUACAAUUUACAAAUACAAAAUAAUUUAGUGUAUGGUGAACUGCGUUUGUAUAGUUUUAUUUGUUUGAAUAUUAUUGCGUGGAAUCGGUUUUAAAAAUAAUAUACGUAUUUUAUGUGAGUAAGUGAAAUACAAAAAUAAUGUACAAGCCCUAGCAGAGAGGUUCCCGACUUAAUGUCCGCGGACCACUGGUGGUCCGUAAGACAUUGUGUAGUGGUUCAUGAGCAAUACUGAGACAAUUUUGAAAUAUUUCAUUUUUCCUUUGGAACGUAACAUAAAUACCGACAAUCGUGUGUAACAAAUUUUAAAACUUUAAACUUAAAAAUGAAUUUCCCCGGUAUUUCCCAGAAUAUAAUGGUUUCGAAACGAUAGGUAUCCGAAAUACUUUUAUGUCAAUAAGUUACCCGAUGAUAACUAGGAAGAUUUGAUAGAAUUACAAAACCAUCGAAACUAUAAGGAUACGUUUGAAUCUUGCGUGCAUAUCGAAGAGUUUUGGUGUAAAAUAAGCAAUUGCGUAUCCUAAACUUUGAGAGGUCGCAUUAAGAUAUUUAGUGAUUUUUUUUAACAACUUAUUUAUGCGAACAAGGAUUUUCCGGACUACUCUAAUUAAAAAUAAACAAAACAGCCAGUUGGACAUCACUAAAGACAUGCGUGUAGCUUCGAACAGUAUUCUUGACAGAAAUCAAAAAUUUCAUCUCUAAAAUUUAUUUUAACUGAUAUUUCAUUUAUUUAUGGCAUUUUUAAUAUAGGUUGCCGUUUGAAAAUCAAAAAUAGGUACUUAGUGGUUUUACCCUCAAAAAUAAGGGUGAGAAAAAAUAACAUAAAUAUAAAAUUGUAGAGUAGCUUGUUCUUAAAUUUUCUAGAAAACAAAUUCCGGAUAAUGUUUCUGAGAUAAUGAGUUUAUCCACUUAAGUGGCACGCGGUGGAUGCGGAAUACCGGCUUGCGAAGAAUAGCGGCAUCGCGGCGAUCGACAGCGGCUUUAAGCUACUUACGUCACCGGACGACCGCCUGGCGGUGGACGCAGCAUUCCGUGCCAAGGAGACGGCUGGGAGGCGUCUACAGAAUCCUCUGGAUGUAGCCGAGGUGGGCCAGUACUUGUUGGACGAAGAUAACGGCGUGUUUCGCAAAUUGCGUGGGUAUGCAGGUGGUUCUCCGGCGAAAGCAACAUCGAGAGGUCAUGAGGACCAUCUGAGAAUCGCUCCAUCUGAAAAAGAGUGA